AUGACGAUGAUGACGACUACGACUGCUUCGUCUCGGUCCGCUGUCGUCGCGAAGAAGAACUCUUCCUCCUCUUCUUCUUUCACAUCAUCAUCAUCAUCAUCAUUAAAAGCCAUCGGGAACAGGAACACCAAGAAUACUAAUAAUAAAAAGAACAACAACAACGUCGUCGUCGCGAGAGCUUCGCUCAUGGAUGAUCAGUACGAAGUCAUUUCUAAUCUCGCGAAAGGUGGUGGUGGUGGUAUCCCAGGCGUGGACACCUCGGAAUUCGAUCAGAUGUUCAUCAACGUCGCGUCGUUUAUUCUCCCAGCCUGGGGGAUCAUCGUCGGGACUAUUUUCGUCUUUGGCACCAUAGCGAAAGUGGCGUUCCCGGAGAAAUACGACGAAAUGACGACGAAAGCGGAGAAGGAAUCGUUUAAAGGACAGAUUGAUUUGGAUAACUUGAGCGCUGACGAUUUGGCGGCGGUUGCGGAGUUGGAAGCGGAAAUGAAAGCGAAAGGCAAAAUGUAA